AACUAGACUAAAAAUCGUAACUAACUUUGGCAAUAAAAUCAACCACUCCAAGGCAAAAAAAGUUUUUCCUAAAAAAAAUUUCUUACCCAAAUCUGCUGACGAGAAAUGGUGGAGCGGAAUUUUAGAGAAUUGGUUUUUCUUGCGGUUCUUAUGUGCAGGUGAGCAUGCUGGGAAGGCAGAG